CAGACAGCCCAGUGCAAAUAUGGAACUUCGCAGAAAAACACGACAAAGUGAUCACGUGAAAAAGGGAACUGGGAACUAGCUAUUUCACCACAAACAUCGACCACCAUCGAUCCUUUGCCGUUCUUUUCGAGAACAGAUGGUUGUGAACGAAGCGAAUGAGGAUUAAUUUUCAGAAAGCAAAAUGCCACCUGUACAGACUUUGCUAACAGAGCCGAAUAAACUGUCCAGUGGAUGUGAAAAAUGUGAUAAACAGUGUGAUGCAUUGGUCAAGCACCCAACACUGAUAGAGAAAAUUCAGGCUCGAAUAAGAGAUGGAGAGCCUUUCUUUUCAUUAGAAUUCUUUCCACCUCGUACCCCAAAUGGUGCUGUCAAUCUUGUGUCAAAAAUAGACAGACUCAGUAGAGGUAGCCCUUUGUUUUGUGACAUUACCUGGCACCCUGCUGGAGACCCAGCUGGUGACAAGGAGACCAGUUCUUCAACUAUUGCUGGUGUAACAGCUAACUACUGUGGUAUAGAGACAAUGCUACAUAUGACCUGUGCUAAUAUGACAAAAGAACAGGUAUUGAAAAACCUGCACAAGGCAAAACAUAUUGGACUCCGAAACAUACUUGCCUUGAGGGGAGAUCCAGUAAAUGGUGAAGAAUGGAAGUCAUAUGAUGAGGAUCUGAAUUAUGCCUGUGAUAUGGUGAAACUUAUUCGUGAGAAUUUCCAGGACUACUUCACAAUAUGUGUUGCAGGAUACCCUAAAGGACACCCAGACUGCACUUCUUAUGAAGAAGAUCUCUUGCAUCUUAAGAAAAAAAUUGAUGCAGGAGCUGACUUUGUCAUCACACAGUUGUUCUUUGAAUCAAAGGAUUUCUUAAAAUUUGUUAAAGAUUGCAAAAAGAUUGGUAUCAAAGUUCCAAUCAUCCCUGGAAUAAUGCCAAUUCAGGCUUAUGGAUCUUUGAGGCAGCUUGCAAAAUUGUCAAAAUUGGAAAUUCCAGAGAAACUUCUUAAAGAUUUAGAGCCAAUUAAGGACAAUGAUGAUGCAAUUCGUAAAUAUGGAGUCCAACAUGCAGUCAACAUGUGUAAGGAACUGCUUGCAUCUGGAGAGGUCCCUGGGCUACACUUCUACACUUUGAAUAGAGAGCUUGCAACAAAGGAAAUUGCUCAGAAACUUCGUUUAUGGAUUGAAGAUGUCAACAACAGGGCGUUACCCUGGAAGACAUCUGCAAACAUAAAACGCUUCUCAGAAGAUGUACGGCCAAUAUUUUGGGCCACUCGACCAAAAAGCUAUAUAUAUAGAACAUCUGAUUGGGAUGAAUACCCUAAUGGGAGAUGGGGAAAUUCUUCAGCCCCAUCAUUUAAUGAGCUGACUGACCAUCAUUUAUUUUAUCUGCGAAGUCCUAAAAAUAAGGCUGAUCUGAGGAAAAUGUGGGGUGAAGAACUGCAUUCAGUUGAAGAUGUUUGGGAUAUAUUUUCAUGCUACAUAAGUGGCAAUAAAAACAAAGCUGGGAACCAGGUUAAGUCGUUACCAUGGAAUGAUGAAGAUUUGGCACCAGAGACAUCCUUGUUGGUGUCAGAGUUGGCAGGAGUAAACAAGGCUGGUUUUCUUACAAUUAACAGUCAGCCUAAUGUCAAUGCAGCGAACUCUUCUGAUCCUAUUGUUGGAUGGGGAGGUGCUGGUGGUUACAUAUACCAAAAGGCUUACCUGGAAUUCUUCACAAGCAAAGAAAACAUUGCCUUCUUGUUGGAUGUUUUGAAGGAAUAUCCACAUGUCAAUUAUCACAUAGUUGAUGAAGAGGGUGGACUGGAUAACACCAACUGUGACCGGUAUUCCCCUAUUGCUGUGACAUGGGGUGUUUUCCCUGGCAAGGAAAUAAUGCAACCAACUGUUGUUGAUCCUGUGAGCUUCAACUUCUGGAAGGAUGAAGCAUUUUCUCUGUGGCAACAGCACUGGGCAAAUCUAUACCCAGAGGGCUCACAGUCAAGAAAAGUUAUUGAUGAUAUAUGUGGCAACUACUGUCUUGUAAAUUUAGUUGACAAUGAUUUUGUGCAACCAAGCUGCCUCUUUGAUAUCAUCCAAAAGACCAUUUUUAAAAUCAAACAAAAUACUUGCUGUGCAACAGGCAAUGGACAUUCUACCGAACAUUCAUUGGGAAAUCAAAAUAACAGUCUCACAUCUGAAGUGGUUGAUAAACUGAAUGACUCAAGAAACCAUGAUGUUACUUCAAACUGUUCGAAAGAUUUACAGAACAUUGUUUCAGCUAUUCAUUAGGUGCAUCAUAAUGCACUAUAACUACAGGCUUUUGUCACUGAAAAGUGAAAACUUUCAACAAGAAAGAGUUUAUGUUUAUCUGUUGUUGUCCUCAGGACACUAAGCUUUUUGAGCAUUGGGUUUACUGUAAACUUCUUGACAAAGUUGUUUAUCAUUAACGGCUACUGUUAAAUAGUUUUAACGUCAAUUGAAAAGAUGCAAAUGCUUUAAAUUAAGCCUAAAAGAGAAUAUUGUCUGUUGUUGUGAGAUUUUCUGCAAUGUGAUGAGAAGUUUCAAAAGAACAAAUGUUCUUAGUGUCAGAAAAAAUCUGCAAAACUUUGAUGCUUGUGAGUACACUAGAUGCUCUUAUUGGUUGCUUGGUUUUUCUGCUUUAAUUGAGCCCAUGAGUAGUUUUAAUGAAUCUAUCCUUGCCUAACAAGAAACUUGUGUUUUCAUGAGGCAUUUGAGAGUUGCUUCAAUUUGUUUUACCUCAAAACAUGUCAGUUUGUGUUAGGCAUCUCAUUGCAUCUGAUCUUGCAAGAGAUUCAAUACGCCAUUUCUGGUUAUUGAAUUAAGGAAACUCAAAUUAAAUUUUCCUAUAUUUCAAUGCAUCUGCUUUUUGAUUAGCAUUUCUUUGGGGUGGUAAUUUCUGUUUACAAGCUGAGUUUUUAGAAUGUCUGUUUGUGUAUUUUUGCUGAAAAAUAGUUGAGAAGCCAGACAGCAGGCCCGACCAUUUGAGGAGAACCAUAGCUCUUCCUCCCCUCCAGGUCCCUCUCAAAUGCUGGAGGGGAGCUACAGAUAGCUCUUUUAAAUUGCUCUGAAAGCAAAUCUCUCUCCUUGAAAUCAAUUUUGCCUGGAAAUUACCAGGAGAGCUAUUUACUGCUCCCCUGCUUAAAGUGCUAUGGUCAGGCCUGAGAUAGGCAUAAUUUAUUUUAGUUAAUCAUUUGCUAGCUUGGUAUACUAGUGAAUUUGUAUGCAGGUGUUAUUAUUUAAGUCUGGAUAAUUUUUCAUAGUAUUCAGCAAUAUUAUAGUUAAACCACAAUUUAAAGAUUUAUGUAUCUAUUUAAAUUCAUAAGUGGUACCAUUGCAUUUAUUGUAGAUAUUUGAUAUUGAUGGGGUAUUUGGUUUAUAAUUAAUUUGUUGACAAGGUUUUUAUGCCUUAUUGCCCAAAUGUAUUUGUUAUUUUCAUUAGAAAUGAUUCAGUAUCAGUAAUUGGAAA